UUUUAUUUGUCACGUCAUUCAACAGGCUUGUUUUAGCUGUAGUGCACAGAAUAAAAACCGCAAAGCCUUUACCCAGAAGAAAAAUAUAUUGCACAGAGUUGCUCAUUCAUAUCUCAGGAUACUUAAUGGAGUUCUCACUUGGGUUUCCUGCAUUAUUAAGAGAGAGUCUGUAAAGAAGCCUGAAGUUCGGCUCAUCUCCAUCUUCUCUCUGGCCGUGUUGGACAUCUCUGCUGAGUACUGCACAACCUGGAACAGUAAUAGAAACGUGCUGGACUUCAAUAUCAGCCACACCAAAUUCAGUUUCCAUCAAGUUUUUGACACUCAAAAUAUGUACAGAUAUAAUUCCAUAAAAUCUGCUCUGUGACAUUAUUGAUUUGUCUUCAUUUUAAAUGGCUGAAAAGCAAAUCAGCCUGCCAGCUAAACUCAUUAAUGGAGGCAUUGCUGGAUUGAUUGGUGUCACUUGCGUGUUUCCAAUUGAUCUGGCAAAAACACGCCUCCAAAACCAGCAAAACGGAUCUCGCAUCUACACUAGCAUGUCCGAUUGUCUGAUAAAAACUAUCCGAUCAGAAGGAUUCUGUGGGAUGUACAGAGGAGCUGCUGUUAAUUUGACUCUGGUAACUCCAGAAAAGGCCAUUAAACUGGCAGCCAAUGAUUUCUUCAGACACCAGCUCUCCAAGGAUGGACAGAAGUUGACGUUGGUUGGAGAAAUGUUAGCUGGCUGCGGGGCGGGUACCUGCCAAGUGAUUGUAACCACUCCUAUGGAGAUGCUAAAGAUCCAGUUGCAGGAUGCUGGCAGAAUAGAGGCCCAGAGGAAGCUAAUUGGCCAGCAUGGUGGAGGAGGCGGGGCCAAAGUGAAUGUUGUCCAGCUGAAGUCUCCCACAGCGCUCCAACUCUCUAGAGAUCUGCUGAAGGACAAAGGCAUCGCUGGUCUCUACACGGGACUGGGGGCCACUCUAUUACGGGAUGUGCCCUUUUCCAUCAUCUACUUCCCACUGUUUGCUAACCUGAAUAGCCUGGGCAGGAGGAACACUGACGGUUCAGCUCCAUUUUACAUCUCCUUCCUCUCUGGCUGUCUGGCAGGCUGCACUGCAGCUGUUGCGGUCAACCCUGUGGACGUGCUAAAAACCAGGCUUCAGUCUUUGGCCCGUGGACGUCACGAAGACACUUACAGUGGAGUGAGAGACUGUAUCCGUAAGAUUCUCCAUCGCGAGGGUCCCUCUGCGUUCCUGAAGGGGGCGUACUGUCGCGCACUGGUCAUCGCUCCGCUGUUCGGCGUCGCACAGGUGGUGUAUUUCCUAGGAGUCGGUGAAUUUGUUCUCAGUCUCCUGCAUGGACAAAAACACUGAAUCUUUAAUGUGGAUGGAGGUGCUGAUUUUGGAACAGCUACUUGUAUUCAAACUGCAGCAAUAAUAAUCAAAUGAUAAAUUGUUAUACACUUAAAAAAAAAAUGUAUGUAGAAACAAUUUUUACUCAGCAAUUGUUAGUAAGUUUCACAAAUAUUUACAAAGAAUCUGUAAGUAACACAUUGAUUUAAGUGCAAUAUUUUGUAAUAAUAGUAGAAAGAAUGAAAUAGUAUUUUCUUGUAAAAUGUACUCCAUUGUAGGUUUCAUACCAGCAUUAAAAAACAGGUUCCAUCAUCAGCACCAUCUAUCAGUACAGGAUGACAAUAUCUCUGUCCCAAAAGCUGCCUAUCUAGACAGUAUUUAGCCUGUUACCUGUCAAUGUCCUGGUAGCGGGUCACUGAUAUAUUUUAGUAAUCAUAAAUUAGGUAUCAUUCGAAACACUCAAAAUUCAUCCUGUGAAAACCAUUUUGAAAUUGGACGUUGCAUUACCAUGGAAAUGGUACUUACAGGGUUAGUUCACCCAAAAAUUAAUUUCUGUUAUUAAUUGCUCACCCUCAUGU